AUGUCCAUGGCUAAAACUGAGAAGAAACCCUCACCCAAUGAUUCCCGAGUCGCAAAAUUAGCCAUCAAAAAAGCCUCCCUUACCAUUGAAGAAGUUCAACGAAUACGUGGAAAAUUUAGCAGAACCGAUGUAGCCAUAAUUAAUCAAGAUAGAAAGGCAGCAAGAAGAUAUUCUCCUUAUAUUUCGUCUCCAUUGAAUCCAAAUUCGAGAAUUAGAGAAGUCUCCGGGAAAAUAAGUAGGGCUUAUUGGCAUAAAAGUCGUAGACCUCCAUUGAAAAAUACAAACGUUAAAUUAUUAAAAAUGGCUCUUUUUCAUGCCAAACAUUCGUAUUAA